AUGGAAAGAUCAUAUUUUCAGGAGGAAUCUAGAACUCCUAUAUCCAGUGAAGACGAUUCUUGCCUCUACUCGGAACUCGAUCUCUUAAAUCCAAGAUAUCAUUCUCAAAAAUCGCUGCACCAGUGUCGUGAUAUCAAAGGGACGAAGGGUAAUUCGCCGAAUCUUCUGAAAACAUCGUCGAGGGAUUCUGAUUACUGUUGUUGUUUCACGCGCAGCGAUCACGUCGAGACAAAAUUACUAACCAAGAAAGUAGGUGGAAAAUAUCGUGCGUCGAGUCUUCAAUAUUUUCCAGAUUACAAUCGAAAGAAGCAUGAGGUAACUUUUGCCACGGAGAGGUCUUCAAGCGGGUGCGAGGAUCUUAGCGGGAAGUCUUCGACGAAACUUGGGAGGGAAAGAAGCACGCCGCGAAUAAUACGAGCGAUCCGCCAACGCAGUAAAAAAUCCGUGGCGGACGAGGAUCGAUCGGAAUCGCCGCGGCCCGGAAACAGCAAGAGCAGCGUUGUCGUCCUCUACCACGAGAGAUCGGUGGUUCCGGCCGCAACAUCCCCCGAGCCACCCCUCAGAGUCGCCCACUCGGAAGUGGCGGUUCCGCGCGAGCCGAGUCCAUCGGUGAUCCACACUGCCCGCUCCCCGCGCCAGGAAAGAUUGAAUCAGGACGAAACGUCGGAGGAUCGAUCUCCUAUAUAUCCAGCGGAGCGGAGGAAAGUUACUUUGAGACGACGUCGACGUUUAUCGAAGCGGCAAAGGCCGGUGAACGUGCACAUUUAUCAGGACAGCCGCGUGGUGCAGGUCGGCUCUUUGUCGGAGAAUCAUCGUUUCGCGUCGAAGGGGGUGCAUCUCCAGGAUCAGAGAUCCGAUUUGGCCAGAUACACGAUCAACACUGCGAAAAAUUUGAUUAGAUCGGAGGACGAUACAUCCACUCGACAGGACGACGAUUCGGAUGAUCCCGAACGAGAUAUAAGAACGGGAGAACAGUGGAAACGCGACAGAAGCUUCUUCGGGGAACGAUGUCGUCCCUCUGAUAAUCCCGUUUCCAAACUAAUGGCUCAUUCCAGUCCAGGACGAGACGGUGAUUGCAGCCAGUGCAAGAGAGAAGCGGUGUGUCCGAACUUGGCCUAUCUAAUGCAGCAGAUACAGUCACGACCGAGGGAACGGGGUGACGAUCGCGCAUUCAUCAGUAUAAACGACGGCGAGAAUUCGAAGCGAGUUUUCCCGUUCCAAUCAACCCCAAGCGGUAACCUCAAGAUCCUUCCGAAUCAGGUGGUGUUCGAAUCGAAGAAGGUGAGCGUGCUGGUCGCCGAUCCCAAGCACACGAAGAUCAACGUGAAGGCCGAGCUAAGUAAAUCGGGGAACGAGCUUGGCGGAUGCGUGUCCGAUUGCUCCACGCAUCCGAAACCGAUCGAUCUUCCGUUAGGUGUAUCGUCGUCGAUGAUCAAUCAGUUGCAAACUCACAAAAGGUUGCCAGCUCUCGAGGACGAGUAUAAAUCCACGAUGCAUCCGUUCAAAGCGAAGAUCGGCCAAAUGGAAAGCGCGGAGCAGAAGCAGUCCACGUCGUCGUCGUCACGCGAAACAUCGGUGCUACAGGAAGUGCCACUCUCCGCACUCGGAUUUACGGGCGAGCAACCAAUCGAUUGGAAUAACAUAAUUCUCCCGGAGAAGACUGACCUGUAUCAGGAGUUGGCAAGGCGUAUCACAAAUUACAAGAACGCCGACUGUAUCGUGCGAAUCGAUCAGGACGAGUUCCAUUGCCACUUGCUCGUGCUUCAGAGCUACAGCACCUUUUUCGACGAGAGGAAUUGCAAGGAGAUCGAUCUCACCGGGAGCGACGUGUCCUCGAGAGCGUUCUCGCUCAUCUACGAUUGGAUGAUCAGUCCACAGAUCGAAAGUUACCGCCUUUUGCAGAGGGACAAUAUUCUGGAAAUCUUCACCGCCUCUCAAUAUCUCGGAAUUAAAGAAUUGGAAGAACAAUGCUGGGCUUUCAUCGACAACGACGAAUUGUUCAGCGAGGACACCGCGUUUUUAUUGUACUUGGAGGCGAAGAAAGUUCGUAACACAGCUGUUAUGGAGCUGAUGGUGCCGAGAAUUAUGAAAUUCUUCUUGAUGUUGGUCAGUACCAAAGACUUCCUCGACUUGGCCGUGGACGAACUUUGCCUUUUGUUGAAGUCCAACUACAUUUCGGUCAAUAGCGAGAUGGAGGUUCUCAUGUCCGCCGUACGAUGGCUGAUGCACGAUUGGGCGAACAGGAAAGAGAACAUGUUGGAAGUUCUGAAAUGCGUUCGUUUCGGAUUGAUCGCGCCGUGGCAGCUGGUCGACGUGAAGAGGAAUCCCGAGAAUCCUGAAUUUAUGGAACUCAUGUCUUCGCCCGAUGUCCAAAAAAUGGUCGACGACGGGCUAGCUUUCGUCAUUAUAAAAUAUUGGUACGGCAAUCAAACGGAGGAUUACUAUCACUGGAUCGACUUGCUGGGACUCACGGAACCGACCAAUCGAAACUGGGCUGGAGAGGACAAGAAUUAUGUGACGUAUCGAGAAUUUUUACUUUAUCUCGAGGAGUAUCAAAAAACAAAACUUUCCGAGUUGAAGAAGAGGAGAAAUUACCAGAAAUCUCUCAAUUCCCCUCAUAACGAUUACACAUUUACGAUGUCCAAAGGACCGAACAACUUUGUCCAGAGUUCAGGCGAUACUGGUGUUAUUCACGGGACAACGAUGCACUCUAGACAUUCGAAACAAAUACCAUCGAAUUAUUUACAAAUGGAGAUGCCAGAGGGCAUGAUGAUACCACCGAAAUUCAUGAACGAAUAUAUAAACAACGUAGAGAAAAGCAAAGGGAACGACGAGAGGAGCGUCGCCUUCGACACGAGAUUCACCGGUGGAGGAGAAUCGCUCUCUCAGAAGCUGUACAGGUCGACGAUCGAGAAAUACACGCAGGAGCAGUGCCAGCGCGGCGUGAAUUCAUCGAACGUCGAUAAAUUGGAUUACGAGAACCGGCGCGAGAAGAACACGGCGGAUGUUUGCCGGUGCCAGCAGCAGCAGCGCGAGUCGAAUUUCAUAUUUUCCGUGAAGAAGCAGCACCCGACGAGACGUAAGAUCCCGAUGGAACUGGAAGAGCGUACAGACUCCGGCAAAUCCGAGGUGGAGGCCGCAACCACGAUACAGGCAGUUUAUAGGGGUUACAAGACUCGGAGGAAGAUCGAUGAAAUAAGAAAAUCAACGUCAGAGGAGAAGCGGAAUGUGAAGAAGGUAGCAGAACUUUUGUCUAUUCCAAUGGACGAAACGCUACGCAAUUCCUCGAUGGAGCCGAUCAGAAUUUCAAGCACGCCGGUAAAUCAAAUGAGAAGCGAGAAGGAGGAGAUAGCCCAACUGCACUCGUUGAGCCCAAAAAACAGAGGACAGCCGAUCCUUCAAAAUCAAAGUAAACGUUGCGUCGAGGAUCAAAUGAAUCAAUACGAAAUGCGUGGUUCUGGUUACACGAUCAACGAGGAACAACGAAAACAGCAAAUUUCUCAAAAUUUAACGGCUCAACGGGAAACGUUAAAGUCUAUCAAGAUGAUAAAAUCGCCCAUGUUUUUCUCGAAAUUCGACGAAAGAAACAGUUCCUUGUCGAACACGGAUACCGACGAUCUUUCCUCUCCGCGAAUCGAGAUAAAAUCGACGGCAACGAAUAUCCAGCAGAAUGUUUCUGGCGAGAAAAACAACGAAAUGAAUUAUCCCGAUGGUGAUAAUAUUCAACGGCUCAAACCCACCAUCAGAAAUGUUCAGAUUCGAGCUAUGACGAGCUAUAAACGACCUCUCCCACAAAAAAUCAGCGACAGCAUGAUAGCAACCAACGAUGCCGGUUACUUCUUCGACAACUCUUUGUUCUUUCCUGACAGAGAAUCGGUCCUCGUGUUCGGUGGCGUCGAUCCCCACGAGGAAUAUGGCCGACCCGGGAAUACCGGCAAGGACAUAUACAGGUUUAAACCUGACCAGAACAUUUGGGAAUUCGUGGGGGAAAUUCCACGAGCGAGGCAUCAUCAUUCGGUCGCUUACUUAAGAGGUCGCAUUUAUAUAGUAGGUGGAGCCGAUCCCUUAGAAGACAAACUUCAUAGGAAAAGCUUCGCGGUUGGAAGCGUUUGGAGUUACGAUCCAACUACCAGGACUUGGUUCAAUGAACCUGGCAUGCUGACAGCUAGAAAGGACUUCGGAUUGGUGGUCAGCCACGGGAAAAUGUACGCGAUAGGAGGGCAAGGAAGGAACGGGAUAGCUUUGAAAACGGUAGAGGUUUUCGAUCCAUCGGACUCCACGUGGAGAGAGGUGCAAUCGAUGCAGAUCGCCAGGGUGGGACCUGCCACUGUGAAAUAUCGAGAUCUUAUCUGGGUCGCUGGCGGAAUGACAAAAUCGAAGAAGGAGCUAUUCUCAAAGGAAGUGGAGUGCUACGAUCCGAUCAAAAAUUUAUGGCUGAAAGCGAUACCUUUGAGGUCACCGAGAUGCUUUGCCUCCUUCUACGUGAUAUCCGACUGUCUUUACGUGAUCGGCGGAGCAUCGACCACGGAAAACGCCACUCAGAGUAUCGACAGCAUCGAUGUGUGGGAUGGAAACGAUUACGUUUGGAGAGAGCACACGAAUAUGUCGAUCGCGAGACACGGACAUUCCACUGGUUCUAUAGGUGAUCAAUUGUUGAUAAUUGGCGGAGUAACCACGGUGUUUAUGAAAACCUUGAAUAGCGUUGAAUGUUAUUGUUGCGAUAUGGGGAAAUGGAUGAAAGGUGUAUCCGCGUUGCCGCAUCCGGUUUCCGGUCACGGAACCGUGUCUUUACCACCGGCAAAUCUUUUAAUAAAUCGCUGA